AUGACCAAUAAUAAUAAUAACGAUAUCAACAAUAAUAAUAAUGACAAUAAAUCAACACUUUCAUCAAGUGGCGAUAACAACCCAAUUCCAAAAGAUAACACAUCAAUAAAAUCUUCCAAAAGUUCCUCUUUGGAUGACCCAAAUUAUAUUGAAAAUAUGAAAAUUCAUGAAAAUAAUAAUAAUAAUAAUAAUAAUAAUAAUAAUAAUAAUAAUAAUAAUAAUAAUAAUAAUAAUAAUAAUAAUAAAAAUAAUAAUAAUAAUAAUAAAAAUAAAAAAAAUCAUGGUGAUAAUAGUCAACCUAGGGUUAGAAAAAGAGGCAACAGCAUUAAUAAUACUAAAAAUAAUGAAAGUAAAAGUAAAAGUAAAAAUGAAAAUGAAAAUGAAAAUGAAAAUGAAAAUGAAAAUGAAAAUGAAAAUGAAAAUGAAAAUGAAAAUGAAAAUGAAAAUGAAAAUGAAAAUGAAAAUAAAAAUGAAAAUAAAAAUGAAAAUGAAAGUAAAAAAGAAAGUGAAAAAGAAAUUGAAAAAAGAGAUGAACAAGAGGAAAUUAGAAGGAUUAAGCUUUAUUAUCGUAAAUUAUUAUUUAAUAAGAUCCUAGAGAAUAAAGGAAGUGUAGCUCGAGACCAUCUUGCUAAUGAGAGAACUUUUUUAGCUUGGUUAAGAACUUCACUAGGAUCUAUAGGUUUAGGUGUUGCUUUAGCAAAACUUGGAACAAGUAAAGCCGGUGGUAUUAUAUUUGUUACACUGGGAUCAUUAAUUUUGAUAUAUAGCCCCUUAAGGUAUUUUCAAGUUUACAGACAACUAUUAAAAGGAAAGUUCUCUCCGAAUUUAUGGGGUACAAUCAUAUUUGUAGUUUUAGCCAUUGCUUGUGCUAUCACUGCUUUGGUAAUUGUCUUAACAAAUAAUAAUAAUAAUAAUUAA